CUGAUCCCACGGCCUGAUCCAUGUUCGGAUCCACGGUCUGAUCCAUAUUCGGGUCCACGUUCUGACCUACGUUCUGACCCACGUUCUGAUCCACGGUCUGAUCCACGGUCUGAUCCACGUUCGGAUCCACGGUCUGAUCCACGUUCUGACCCACGUUCUGAUCCACGUUCUGACCCACGUUCUGAUCCAUGGUCUGAUCCACGUUCUGACCCACGUUCUGACCCAUGUUCUGAUCCACGGUCUGAUCCACGGUCUGAUCCACGGUCUGAUCCACGUUCGGGUCCGCGUUCUGAUCCGCGUUCUGAUCCAUGUUCGGAUCCACGGUCUGAUCCAUGUUCGGGUACACGUUCUGAUCCACGUUCUGACCCACGUUCUGAUCCACGUUCUGAUCCACAUUCGGAUCCACGGUCUGACCCACGUUCUGAUCCACGUUCGGAUCCACGGUCUGAUCCACGGUCUGAUCCAUGUUCGGAUCCACGGUCUGAUCCACGGUCUGAUCAACGGUCUGAUCCACGUUCGGGUCCACGUUCUGAUCCACGUUCUGACCCACGUUCUGAUCCACGUUCUGAUCCACAUUCGGAUCCACGGUCUGACCCACGUUCUGAUCCAUGGUCUGAUCCACGGUCUGAUCCAUGUUCGGAUCCACGGUCUGAUCCAUAUUCGG